CUAAGUAUCAAGUUAUGUAUUUUUUCUAUAGUUGUGAAUAGCAGUGGUCUACGACCUAAGUUGUUCUGGACUCAGAAAGUAUGAACACCUUCCUAUCAUGUCUUCUGUUACUUUACGUAAUCUACCACUGCCACUGCGAGAACAACACGUAUACCAAUAAGUAUGAUGGCAUAGACCUGGAUCAAAUCCUGUCAAGCGAUAGGCUACUGGAUGGCUAUGUGAAUUGCCUUCUGGAUAAAGGACCGUGCACUCCUGAUGGCAAGGAAUUGAAACAAAACCUUCCUGAUGCAAUUCAAGACGACUGCAGCAAAUGCACGGAGAAACAGCGCGAGGGUGCUGACAAAGUGAUGCACUAUGUCAUCGAUCAUCGACCGGAAGACUGGAAGAGGCUUGAAGAAAAAUACAAUUCUGAUGGGACCUACAAACUGAAGUAUUUAACAACCAAAGAACCAGCUGACAAACCUGCGUCCAAAGAGGAUACAAGUGAAAGUGGUAGUUACGAUGACGAUGCUGAUGAUGAAGACGACGAAAACAAUAAAGAUCAUUAUACGAAAAAGGAUGUAACGAAAUAAUUUAACUUAAUUUUAUAUCGUACUUGUAGCUCAAUGAACAAAAGACCUGUUACGAAAGUCGCUAAUAAAUAUUUGGGGAAAGCAA